GGAGCGCGUGUUUUAUUAUUAUCUGUGGCAGCAGCAGCAGCAUCGUGGACACGUUUGGAUCUCAGGGCACAGAAUGGUUCGUGGGACUCGGUGGAAGCUGUGACCGUAGAUCGGCCAGGACACGAGUGAUGAACAUCUGAUUUAUUUAAAAGAAAACCAGCUCCGCUCAUGUUUAAGACCGGCAGCUGUCCGUCGGUGGAUCCCGCGCCGACCAUCAUGCACGGGACCUGGUUCAGCACCGGCUGUCGGGAAAACACGCCCGUGGCCGUGGAGAAACCCAAAAAGAAGCCGUUCAGCCUGGUGAAAAUCAUGUCUCUCAACAACAAGAAGGCCCACGGCAAACAUCCGCAGCAGCACAACAACAACAACAUGCCCUUCACCAUCCACUGCCACAUCGGGAAGGAGAUCAAGCACAUCUGCAGCAACUGCAGCCGUGGGAACAACACGCAGGACGCUGAGGAGGUUGAACGUCGUGCCGCCAUGCGUUCUGAGUCCUUGCUGUCUGGCACUCACACGCCUCCCAUCCACCGCCGGAGCAAGUUUGCAACUCUGGGAAGGCUCCUUAAGCCCUGGAAGUGGAGGAAGAAGAGUGAGAAGUUCAAGCAGACGUCUGCUGCAUUGGAGAGGAAGAUGUCAAUGCGACAGAGCAGAGAUGAACUGAUCAAGAGAGGAGUGCUGAAGGAGAUCUUUGAAAAAGCAAGUGUUGAGUUCCGAUCCUCGAUGGACGGCAGAGUUUGCCCUCAGAACUCCUCUAUUAAGUCAUCUGUGGUCCUGCCCACCAAAAAAUCAGUCACCUUCCCAGGUGACCUUCAAGAUACACCAACCAAACCCUCGCUGUACCACAAACAGCCACCGGCCCUCCCCCCAAAGCCCUUCUCUAGGAUCCCAAACCACAGCACAGAUUCUUGUCAGCUAAUGAAGUUACCCUGCAUGCCAGGUGGGAAACACUCUCCUCCUCUGCCGCCUAAGAAAGUGAUGAUUUGCGUGCCCCCGGGGGGGCUGGACUCUUCCACCUCACCUUCUCCCACCCCCAACCCCCUCGGCAUUCUCUCCCAGAAGUGCGCCCCUCCUCAGAAUUUGUCCGCCCACCAUGGCACCUUGCUGCCCUCUCAGCUCUCCGUGCUCUCCAGCCUUCACCAGAGCCAUGGCCAUCCCCUGCAGCUUCAGUACGGCAGCAUGCACGCACCCAGUCGCAUCAUCGAGGAGCUCAAUAAAACCCUGGCGCUCUCCAUGCAGCGGUUCGAAAGCUCGGCGUUGCACGGCGGAGGUCAGUGCGUAACCCUGGAUCGAAGAGAAGUGCCGUCUAUAAUCAUCGACUAUGACGACGACAAGGAGAACAUCCCCAACGAGUCUGACUAUGAAGACCUGCCAAGCAUGUACAAGGACGAAGACGACGACGUGGAUGAUGAUGAAGAUGACGACGACGACGACGACUCCAUAUUUACAAGUACUCUUGCACAGAAGGUGCUGAGGAAAGAUUCUCUGGCCAUCAAGCUGAGCAACCGUCCAUCCAAGAGAGAGCUGGAGGAGAAGAACAUCCUGCCCAUGCAGACCGACGAGGAACGGCUGGAGUCCCGGCAGCAGAUUGGCACCAAACUCACACGGCGCUUGAGUCAGAGACCCACAGCCGAGGAGCUGGAACAGAGGAACAUCCUCAAGCCCCGCAAUGAGCAGGAAGAGAUGGAAGAGAAGCGAGAGAUAAAACGCAGACUGUCACGGAAGUUGAGCCAGAGGCCCACUGUGGAGGAACUGAGACAGGCUAAGAUUCUCAUUCGAUUCAGUGACUACGUGGAGGUGUCGGAUGCUCAGGACUACGACAGGCGGGCAGAUAAACCCUGGACACGGCUGACAGCAGCUGACAAGGCGGCGAUCCGAAAAGAACUCAACGACUUCAAGAGUAAUGAGAUGGAAGUGCACGAGUCAAGUCGCCAUUUAACCAGGUUUCACAGACCUUAGCAGACCACCACUGUCUCGAGCGGCGCCC